AUGGUCCACCGCAUCGCCUUCUGGAGCCUCUUCGGUAUCGGCGCUCGCUUCUGGCAAAUGGGCAUCGAGAUGCGCCCCUUCUUCAACAGGUCAUCCCUGUGGGUGUACCCCGUGUACGCGGCGGGCGGUGCCAGCUUCGGAUACUGGCUGCAGGGCGUCGAUGACAGACAAACCGAUACUCUCUCAGAGCGAAAGGCGAUCCUCCUCGAGAAGCGGGCGCGUAAGGCGGAGCGGGAUGCUCAGGCUCAGGCUUAG